GGAGGCACAAUGAACGUCGAGCGUGCUACGAUGGACGGUUGCGGGCAGCAGCCGCUGUUUUUGACCGGCACUUCCGGUUCUGGUAGUAUAUCCAGUCCUCAGCAGCAGACCGUCCAGACCGGUGCGCCUCCAGAACACUAUGGGGGACCAUUGAGCCUGAGUAUCUGCAUAUCCGAUUCCGGUCACGAGAUACUGCGACCCAAGCCACGUCGGUGUGUGAUAUGCCGUGAAUUAACCAACUGCAAAAUGCCGGGUAACCUAAAAGCUCCACCUCGCCGCGAAGGCGCGAACUUUAUCCUACGUCGCGCCUUGCAUUUCACGAACAAAUCUCCGUCCAAAGAAUGGAUAAAUACGAGUAAUGACGUGCUUCGGUCAGCGCGUGAUCACGGAGAUGGCGCUGCGGUAGACGAUAUUAGUUACAGGCCGGAAGUAGAGGGUCACACAGUGACGCCAAUGGCCGGCGGGAAUAUUAGAAAAGCCGAUAAAGACGUGGCUCAUAAAACUGUGAUAUAUUUCGGUGACACUAAUCAGAGGCAGAAUAACAGGCUCAAUUACAAAGAAGCUUCUUCUCAGCUUACAACUAAAGACGAGUCGAAGAUGAUAGAUUUGAAAAGGGAAGAAAAAUUUGAUGAAUCAGAGGAUGGAAGAUGUGGUGAAAAAGGGCAAAAUGAGAGGCAACGGUCAACGGUGGGCUUGGUAGAGAACGAGGACGUCAAGGUCACGCACGAAAUCGUGGUGAACGUCAGCCCCAGUAGAGAGGACGUGCUGAGGAUCGAGGAGGACGAGAGCCAGGUCGAGGAUUAUUGGUCCUUGCCGGGGGACAACAGCGGGUUCAAGGCAGACUGGAGCUUCGUUCAACAGUGGCGCCUGAGGGGACCGGCUGGUGGCAGUGGGCGUGAAUUGUAUUGUCCUCCAUACUCAAAAGACUUCACGGAAAGUUCGCCCAAAAACGGUGUUCACAAUAUGGUUCACAUGGUAGCGGAAAGGGAUACGGAUAGCGUUGCACCAACGCCAACGCCUCAACAUCCCCAUCAUUCUCAACACCAUCAUCUUAGUUUACAUGAAAUUCGUGCACUUCAGAGGCGACCAGAAUGUACCGGUAAUAGUUCAUCAGAUGAGAAUCGAUCGUCCGGACACGCAAGCAUGUCAGACACAGGUGGGCAUACGAGUAGUAGUUCACCACCGCAUCGUCACCAUAGGGCACACAGUCCACAGCAACUAAACUCUGUACCAGAAGACGAUCGUUUAUCGGCCUCAGUUACCCAGAGAAAUGGCAGGAAUAGAUCUGGACAGAACCGUAACAGACAUAGAGCUACACCUGCUAAGUUACAGGUCCCUUGGUCAGGUUCUGGUCUAGAAGAUAUCAAACUAGCAAUCCAGCAGCUCACCAUGCGUUCCCAUAAAUCAUCUUCCACCUAUUCUUCCUUGAGCGGCUCCGAGAGCUCAGAACCAGCUGUAAGGAGGCUGAUGAGACACUCUAGUUUAGAAACCAUAAAUACCAAUGUAACCAGUGCUGAUGAGUUCGUCUGGGUAGACUCUCACAACCGACUAGUAGAGUUACAGCAAUUACCAUGGACGCACCACGACGUCCUUCGUGUGUUGCAAAAUGGUCGCACUAGGGAGCACAUGGAGCAGGUCUCUAUGGAGACGAUACCACGUCUCUCUUACCUGCUGCAGCGAGCUCUAGUCAGAAUCGGUCGAGAAACACAGAGACUUGCUAAACCUGUUGGUCUAUGCAGUAAGCACGAAGUGUACAGUGCGUUCAAAAUCGUGCUCUGCCCGGCCUUGGCAGACUCUUGCACCAAGGCGUGCUUGCGUGCUGCAGCGAUGUUCGCCGUAUCUGGCGAUCAGCUAAAGCAAUCGAAAGCAUCUCGAUCCGGACUACAACUACCAGUGGGGCGAUUUCUUCGCUGGAUGUCUGAUGUACGGCUAGGAAGAAUGAUACACGAGUAUGCAGCCAUAUAUUUGACCGCUGGAAUCGAAAAUCUGUUGGAAGAAAUAUUAUUACAGUGUAUACCAACUGAUUCGCAUACAACGUUGACUGCAACCAUGUUGGAACAUGCUAUCGCAAAUAGUGGAGAUUUAUGGGGUCUUCUUCAACCAUACGCGCAUCUGAAUGCUGGUCGAACAGCGUCAGGUGCACUUGCUAUGCCUCGUUGGGCCAGUGUCAGUUCUCUGAAUUCCUCCUCGUCAUCCCGUAGCGGGAGAGAUGCAGCGGGGUCCGCAUUAGAACCUUCGCUCCUAACUACCUGCGUAGGGUCAAUGUCGGAACUAAUAGAUCUAAUCUCGAAAGUAGCCCAAGCAGGACGUUCAACUAUACCUUUGACAACCAAGGCAUUGAAUGCUCUCUUUUAUUACAUGAGGUGUUCGCAGUUAGAGCACGGUGAACGAGGUUCUGGAAUACAAGAGCUUGCAUACGAACGAGCGUAUGUUGUACUUCCACCAUUAGUCGAAUGGCUCAGAGUUGCAACUGCUCAUGCAGAACACAGGCACGGACUAGUCGUAGAUCAAGAUGACAUUAAUCAAGCUGCAAGAUUGCUAUUGCCUGGCGUAGAUUGUCCCGUCAGGCCGAUAUGCUUCGAGGAAGUUUCAGUAUGCUCGAAACGUAUUGAUGACUCCGAAUACGUUCGCCUUUUAACUAUGGACAUGGCUUUCAAGAUGUUAACAAGUGGGCGUGCAGAUUUAAUAGCUCAAGCUAUGUCUCUUUUACCGUCAACAAAAAUCAACACUGUGAACGAUAAUGGCUUUACCGCUUUAAUGGUAGCGUGUAUAAAUAGCGAUGAAACCGCUGUUCUAGCAUUAUUAGAUGCUGGUGCCGAUUUGAAUAUCGAAAGUCCACCUCCACCCACUGGGCAAUCAGCAAAUACACCUUCUAAAAUCCCAGUGACACCGAAUGUAUCAAAUGUUAGAAGUCCAAUCGUGCCAUCCGUUAUGACACCGGGAAAAAAUGUGCAGUCUCCAAAUUCAUCUUCCAGUUCGCCAUGCGCAUCUAGUAACGUUUCUAACAGCACAUGUUGUAACCAAACUGGAUUCAAUGCAGAAACACAACAUUGGACUGCUUUAACUUAUACAGCUUUAUUAGGACAUUGCAAUAUUGCUAGAAUAUUGUUAGAACGGGGUGCAGCCGUUGAAGGUGGUGCUAAACUAAGCGAAGAUAAAUCCACAGUUACACCAUUACAAGCAGCUACGGCAUCUGGCAAUUAUGAAAUGGUAGCACUGCUUUUGGCUCAUGGUGCUCAACCUUUCUUAUCAACUUUGAUAAAGGAUUCAUUUUCGUAUUCUGGUUCUGCUCAGCGUGGUUGUUAUAGUGCAAUAUCAGUGGCAACAGCUCAUGGUCAAAAGAGUUGCCUUCAUCAAUUACUGUCACAUCCAUUAAACUUUUCCGCUAAACGAGGAGAAAAGGAAGUAUUAUCAUUAGAGGAAAUUUUAGCAGAAGGUAGUGCUGGAACUAGUCCACAACAACAGACUGUAGAUGGAAGAGGGAAUAGAAGAGAAGGGAAANNNCCAGUUUUCAAUAAGGUACAAACUAAAGCUUUACAAGAAGCAAUGUAUCAUAGUGCUGAAAGCAAUCACUUAGAUAUCACGAUGGAACUUCGUGGAUUAAAAGUGAGUUGGACAUUACAUUGCUGGAUGCAUAGUCUUGCAACAGCUCACGAAAUGAGAUUGGACUCAAUAAUAGAUCAAUUGCUUCAAGAUUUCCUACAAGUGUGUCCAGAUGAUUAUUCAACACAAUUUGUACAAGAAUGUCUUCCUUUGUUAUUCAAUAUUUUUAGGUACAGUAAGAAAGAAGGCACAACGCUUCUUCUUGCGGAUAUUUUUUGUACAUGCUUUGGAUGGGAACCAAUAAAACCUAUUCGAGAUACAACACUUUCUAGUGGAUCCAGAAUAGAUCCCAAAUUUGUAAAUAAUCCAGAAUUAAGCGAUGUACAAUUCAGAGUAGAAGGCAGAGUUUUCUAUGGUCAUAAGAUUGUUUUAGUCACAUCGUCUCCGAGAUUUAGGAAUAUGUUAAGUUCAAAAUUAUGCGAGGGAAAUCCUCCUAUUGUACAAAUCAACGAUAUUCGGUAUCAUAUCUUCCAGAUGGUUAUGGAGUUUCUAUAUCACGGUGGUUGUGCUACAUUAGAAGUUAAUCAAAGUGACGUCUUGGAAUUAAUGGCUGCCGCGAAUUUUUUCCAAUUAGAUGGUUUACUUAGGUAUUGUGAGGCACAAUGUUCUUCCAUGGUUGAUCUUGAUAAUAUUGUUUCUAUGUACAUUCAUGCAAAGGUUUAUAACGCCACGCAACUUUUAGAAUACUGUCAAGGAUUUUUGCUACAAAAUAUGGUUGCUUUAUUAACUUACGAUGACUCAGUUAAACGUUUAUUAUUUGCCAAGAAAUUGCCUAAUCAUGACGUUCUCGCAGGCCUUCUUCUCACUUUACAAGCGAGAAUAAAAGCUAGACGAUCUCAACAACAAAAUAAGAUAAAAGCUUAA